AUGUCCAACAUUGCAAAGCUCGAGUUUGCAGCACUUGAAGUUAGUGGGAAAAACUAUGUGUCAUGGAUGAUAGAUUUAAAAAUGCAUCUUGAGUCCAUGGGAAUCUCAAAUGCUAUAUAUGAAUUUAAUAAUUGUUUGGCACAAGACAAAGCAAAAGCACAAAAUCUUUUGAAAGAAAGAUUUGAUCAUCAAAAGGAAGUUAUACUUCCAAAUGCUAGAGAUAAAUGGAGAACACUGAGGUUUCAAGACUUCAAAAAAGUAAAUAAAUACAACUCAGCUUUGUUCAGAAUAUGUUCACAACUCAAGUAUUGUGGACAAGAAGUUACCGAUGAAGAUAUGUUGGAGAAAACUUACUCCACAUUUCAUGCAACAAACAUUACCUUGAUGCAACAAUAUCGGAUGCAAAUGUUCACAAGGGAACUGAAUGCAUGUCUGCUCGUUGCAGAGCAAAACAAUGAACUCUUGAUGAAAAACGAUGAAUCUCGUCCAACAGGAUCAGUAGCACUUCCUGAAGCAAGUGCUACAAAUAUUGAUGGUCAUCGAAACAAUACACGUGGACGAGGGCGUGGUCGUUUUCGAGGACGAGGUCGUGGCUAUUUUAAUCGAAACCAAAGCCAUAAUCAGAACCAUAAUUUUGGUUAUGGACAAGGUAAUAAUCGUGGUCAUGGCCAGAAAAGGAAUAAUUACCAAUAUUCACAAAGAAACAAUGUCCACACACAAGAUAAGGCCAAAGUGGCAAGGCAUGACACUGGGACAUCACAAAAAUCUGAUGGUUCAUGUUAUAGAUGUGGUAGCACAGGCCAUUGGUCAAGGACCUAUCGCACAUCUGCACAUCUUUAUCAACUUUAUCAAGAGUCCAUUAAAGGAAAAGGAAAAGAAGCAAACCUCAUUGAUAAUGUUGAAUUCACUCCGCUAAAUGUUGCUGAUUUCUAUAAUGACAUGGAAGACAUAAACUAA